GAACAUCGGGAGGGGGCCCAAUAGAUGGCGGGAUAUAGUAGGGCCUUAGGGGGUUCGGAGCAUCACGAGAGGUCGCCAUUGUAUCUCUCGUUUCUCGGGGAAAGAUUACGUGAGGCUGGGGAUGUUUAUCGUUUUCUUACCCGCGGUGGUGGAUGCGCUGUGAAGAUCGACCGGGGUCAUGCCUGGUCUGUGCAUCAACAUUUCUGACGUCUCACAGCAUUCGGAAUUAUCGCGCGUUGACUCUUGGUAACACUGCAAACACUGCGAGUCUUUCGCUUCUGCACACCCUUCUCCUUUCCCUUUUCAAUUUCAGACAAUUCGCAGGCUUUCACUCCCGCCAUGGCUGUUAGAAGAGCUUGUUUGAGCGCUUUGGAGGGGAGGAUAGCGGGCGCAAGAGGUGCAUCGUCGAGUCCUCAGAGGUUCGCCAGCAAUUGGACGGCAUCGGCAUGUCAGAAGUCUCUACACACACCAAUGAUGGCAUCGUCCCUUCUAUCACAAUCGAGUGUCAUCAAAGCAACAAGCCCGUCAUGGCUCAGGAACCGCCGCCAAUUCUCCUCGUCUCCCACAUCCCGCCACGGUCACCUAGACCCACCCCGACCGGGUGAAGAACGCAAGGUAACCUUUAUAGACAAAGAUGGCCACGCCACGACAUUCGAGGUAGCCGACGGCGACAACCUUCUCGACAUCGCCCAAGCCAACGACAUAGAGAUGGAAGGCGCGUGUGGCGGAUCCUGCGCCUGCUCAACGUGCCAUGUCAUAGUAGCAGACGAAGCUUACUACGACAAGAUGGAGGAGCCAGAUGACGACGAGAACGACAUGCUGGAUCUGGCGUUUGGUCUUACUGAGACCAGUCGCCUGGGGUGCCAGGUCAAGAUGAGCAAAGAGCUUGAUGGCUUGGUCGUGCGGUUACCGAGCAUGACGAGGAACCUGCAGGCUAGCGAUUUCGACAGCAAAUGAGUCAACUGAAGAAGAUCAACAUGUGGUAUCGAGAGAGGGAUGUAGUAGUGGUGAGAAUACAUCAAGGAACGACACUGCACACGGUCAUAUUGGCAGCGUCUAGGGAUCGCAUCGCAUACUCAGCAUUUGAGACGACAUGUAUUAUACGAGAACUCCGCUUGCAGAUGGACUGGCGUUGAGCACGACUCUGAAUUUAUGUAUAAUAAAUGGUAUCAUGAACACACUGAAAC